GAGCAGAGUAUCAAGGGCGGAAGUGCGCUGGGCGGAAGUGGUCGCUGAGCUAAGCUUGAGUGGGAUGUUCGCGGGUCUGUUGCUUCUAAGUCGGCUUCGGGCGCCCUUCUUUUCCAUGGCUCAGCACCCGUGGGAGUGCGCGCCCCCGUCCAGGGGCCUUCACGAGGGGCGCGGUCCCCGAAGACUGUGCAUCGAAGGCAACAUUGCUGUGGGAAAGUCCACCUUUGUGAAGUUGCUCAGGAAAACUUACCCAGAGUGGCACACAGCUACAGAACCUGUAGCAACAUGGCAGAAUAUCCAGGCUUCUGGCAUCCAAAACGCUGACACUGCCCAAAGUCUUGGAAACUUGCUCAACAUGAUGUACAGGGAACCAGCGCGAUGGUCAUACACAUUCCAGACAUUUUCCUUUAUGAGCCGCCUGAAAGUACAACUGGAGCCGUUCCCCAAGAAACUUAUCCAGACCAAGAAGCCCAUUCAGAUCUUUGAGAGGUCUGUGUACAGUGACAGGUAUGUCUUUGCGAAGAAUCUUUUUGAAAAUGGUUCCCUGAGUGACAUUGAAUGGCACAUCUAUCAGGACUGGCAUUCUUUUCUCCUGCAGGCAUUUGCCAAUCGUGUCUGUGUACAUGGCUUCAUCUAUCUCCAGGCUUCUCCCCAGAUUUGUUUGAAGAGACUGUACCAGAGGGCCAGGGUGGAAGAGAAGGGCAUCCAGUUGGCCUAUCUUGAGCAGCUACAUGGACAGCACGAAGACUGGUUUAUUCACAAGUCAACCAAGUUGCACUUUGAGGCUCUGCAGAGUGUUCCAGUGUUGGUGCUGGAUGUCACUGAUGAUUUUUCUGAAGAAGUCGUCAAACAAGAAGAGCUCAUGAGAAAGGUAGACACCUUUGUAAAGAACCUGUAACCAAUAGACCUUCUGACUGAUUUGGGCUCUCUUUCUGAAGCUAGAAAUGUUGAAUUCUUUCUAUCUCUGUCCCCUUUGCCCUUCAAGCACUCUCUGAAAAUCAUGGAUCUGGUCUGUGCUAUGUUUAGACUGCCGUUGUCUUUUUUUUUUUUUUCU